AAGAAGGGGAGGAGGGGGCGGGGUGGGGGGGGAAGAGGGGCUAGUGGAUGUAGCUCUAACUGUGGGCCGGGGGGUGAGCCACCUAGCCCGGGCUGCUCUGCCGAAACAUCCAUGGGUGGCUGUGUGGGGAGCCACCACGACUCCUCGGGCAGCUUGAACGAGAACUCGGACGGCACCGGAGUGACUCUCGGGCGUAACCAGCCCCUGAAGAGAGAACGGCCUAAAUGGAAAAGUGACUACCCGAUGACUGAAGGCCAGCUGCGCAGCAAGAGAGAUGAGUUCUGGGAUACGGCGCCAGCAUUCGAGGGCCGGAAGGAGAUCUGGGAUGCGCUGCGGGCCGCGACCAGCGCCUUUGAGGGCAACGACCACCUGCUGGCUCAGGCCAUCCUCGACGGGGCCAGCAUCACACUGCCGCACGGAGCUCUGACCGAAUGCUACGACGAACUGGGGAAUCGAUACCAGCUGCCGGUCUACUGCCUCUCUCCCCCCGUCAACAUGAUCGAAGAGCGCUCCGACGAGCCCGACGGCUCAGACCCGGACUCCGCCGGCGACCCCGCCUCGGGGGGGGAGUGCCAGCUCCGGCUGCGCCUCUCCACGGGCCGCGACCUCCGGCUGGCGGUGCGCUCCGCCGACACGGUGGGCAUGAUGAAGCGCCGCCUGCACGCCCAGGAAGGCGUGCCCGCCGCCACCCAGCGCUGGUUCUUCUCCGGCCGGCCGCUGACCGACAGGCUGCGCCUGGACCAACUCAACAUCUCCAGGGACUAUGUGGUGCAGGUCAUCCUCAGCCAGCCGCCGCCUGCAACGGGACACACGGCGGAGGCCGCCGAGCCGCUGGAGGCCGGGGCGGCGUUAUCGGAGCCGGAGCCGACGCCUGUGGAGAAUUAACUCCAGAGGGGAGGGAGAGGGGGGGGGUCAGCGGGUGCAGACGCCUGGAGGAGGAUAACGAGGGAGGAGAAAAAUAAUGAAAGUUGAUUUUGACUUUUUUCUGCUCUUCUCUUCUCUGCUCUUGUGGUUUUUAAGCAGAAGGGCUUUGUUCGGGCGGGGGUUGGCUGUCCGUCGGAGCAAAGAGGACUCUUUGAAUUGAGAAAAAGAGUUUUGGUUUUAAAUGUUGAAAUUUUGACCUUUUUGAAGUCUUUUUAACUGUUCCCAUGGAAACCAAACAACAACAAGAGAACUGUGUCACAUUGCAUAAAAGACUUUCUCAACAACACCGGUGUUCAAAUAUUUCUGCUUCUAGGUGUUUCAGUUUCUGUUCAUGUUACAGAAUUCUGUUUAUGAGACCACAGGGUUAUACAUACAUACACAUAUAAAUGCAUUUCUCAUUGCAAUACUAUUAAACAUUUCCGAAGAAGAAUGAAGACUCUAAAACAAUCGUCUUUUGAAUGGAGUCAUUAUACCGUGCUGUAAGGAAUGGUCACUAUAAUAAACACAUGUUGCAGUUGGGGGCGAUGUCUGACCAAGCUGCUGCUGGAUUAGACGCUUUAUUUCAAUCAUGUAAUAAACAUGAAGUAGUCAGUCAGCCUAUUUGUGUGUGAGUGUGUGUGAAUAAGCGUAUGUUUGCGUGGAUGUCUGUAAAUGAUCAAAACACAACCACAAUUAUUUGUGUGGCAAAAGAAUGGAACAUCAGCAACAGAGUUGCAUAUUUUGAUUAAAAAAUAAAAUGUUUUUAAUUAA